AUGGCUGGCCGUGAAACGUUUGAUAUUUCUCCGCUUCAAAAAGAAAUAUUAGAGCACCGUGCAGCAAGGCGCAAUAAAUUGCGAUAUGAGUAUUUGAAACAAACACAAAAUCCUUAUCGUCAUGCUUUGGGUGUCGGAGGUAUUGUUGACGAUGUUGCAAUUAAUCGCUUUAUGUCAAUGAAAGUCAGAGGAGCUGAGUUUUUCAGACCAACUGUUAAAAACGCCGCAUUCUUCUGGAUAGGGAUGCUCGGACCAAUAAUGCUUACUACAUACAUUAUUCGAAAACGCAGGGUUGAGAAGGAGGCGAAGUUGAGAUCUGGUAUUGUAAGCUACCGAGACCGUGAUAAUGCUUGUAAUUAA